GCUGCGCACCCCGAAGAGUGGUAGGCGGAGCGAACGCCAAAGGCGGCGGUCGGGACCCUGACAUGGACAAGCUGAAGAAAGUGCUGAGCGGCCAGGACACCGAGGACCGCAGCGGUCUGUCCGAGGUUGUGGAGGCGUCGUCGCUGAGCUGGGGCACCAGAAUAAAAGGCUUCAUCGCAUGCUUUGCUCUGGGAAUCCUGUGCUCAGUGCUGGGGACUCUUCUGCUGUGGGUGCCCAGGAAGGGACUUGGCCUUUUUGCAGUGUUUUACACCCUGGGUAACAUCACGUCAAUCGGGAGUACCGUCUUCCUCAUGGGGCCCCUGAAGCAGCUGAAGCGCAUGUUUGAGCCUACUCGUCUCAUCGCCACAAUCCUGGUGCUGUUGUGUUUUGCACUUACCCUGUGCUCUGCCUUUUUGUGGAAUAAGGGACUUGCACUCAUCUUCUGUAUUUUGCAGUCUUUGGCCUUGACGUGGUAUAGCCUUUCCUAUAUACCGUACGCAAGGGAUGCCGUGAAGAAGUGCUUUGCUGUGUGUCUUGCGUAACUCACUGCCAGUGUGCAGGGAGCUCCGUGGACGGAAGCUGGUGGACAAUUCUGUAAAUGCCCUCUAAGCCUCUGUCUCACAGACACGUGCCUUCUACUUGCAGCGGUGUGUGGCUUGCAAUUUGGACAUUUUUGAGGGUUGCCUGUGGGAAUAGUCAUGAGUCCUAGACCCUAAUGUCUGUAACACAAUCUGAGGCUCUGUGGCUUGUGUAGACGACUCUUCUUGUGACCGUUCACCUCUGGGAGGUAUUCCACUGAGUCCUCACGGAGCAGCCUUUGUCUGGUAGCAGCAGAUCAGUCUCAGGAGCAACUGAUUCCCAGGUAGCAGGCAGCAGGAAGGUCUAGCAGGGCUUCUAGCGGAGCAGCAGGAAGUACAGAAUUUUGAAGAUUUGCCCCUCACCAAGAAAACCAUUGCCACAGUCCCUGCACAGCGUCUUCCCUGCUGUUUGAGAACAAGUGAUUCUGCCAGACCCUGGAGAGCCUGCCCGGGAUACAUUGUUUCUUUCCCUGCAUGGCACCUUCUUGCUCUUCUGAAUUCAGCUGGCGAUGAAAUAGACUUUUAGUGUUCACUGUGGAUUCUUUCUCUUGCCCUCACCUCCUACGUCUUGUUUUGUCUUGUGACCUUGUGACACUGGUUAAUUGAGAGUGAAAUAGUGACCUGAAAAGCUAUUUCCUUUUGGACAAGAGCCAUUAGAAAGUGAAACAUCUUCAUGUUCCUUGCUUUGUUUAUUUGUCUUCAUUAUUUAUAAGUGUUUACUUUCUGUUCUUUGCUGGAGUUGAGAUAAGGAAAGUGCAUGGAAGAAAGAUCCCUCGUGGGCCAGCAAGAAGUAGGCAUGCCUACCAAGCAACUUAAAUGCUUCAGCAUUGACUCUCAGCCUGCACUGGACACUAGUGGUCAGCCUGUAGGUGGGCAUGCUGCAGCCUAGUGCCUAACCACACACAGCGUUCUUGUGUUGGGGACCUCAUCUGGUCCUCGUGAGAGCCAUGUGAGUUGUCUCAACUGCAGUCAAGGAACCGGGGCUCAGGUUGGUUUCUAUGUCACAGCUCCAGCUGUGGCCUGACUCUCAGCCUCUGUUUUGACACUGAGUCUCCUGGCAUGGCUCUUCUCAGAGCGUCUGUCGUCUCUCAUAACUGUUCCUUUCAUCCUCCUGGCCUGUACCUUUUCUGAUUUCAGCAUCUAUUUCAAGUGUGCCACCUUCUACCCGCUCCCCCGUUUUGCUUUUCGGCAGCUACGUCUGCACCUGUAGGAUGGCCAGCAUCCCAUGGUCCCUUUCAGCUGCUCAGUGCAUCCCUUGCAUCAUCAGUACCCUGUCUUGACAGCUUGAGGUCCUGGCAGUCUAUGUUUGCCCUUUGCUCAGGGCCAGCUGUUCUACCUUGACCUCUGUUUUUUCACCACCAGACCACAGGAGGCGAGAGCACUCAUCUCUGCAGUUGUGGCCAGUUGCUGAACUGUGGCUAAUGACUGUCUUUUCUUCUGAGAUGGAGAACUGUUGAUAGGUUGAUCAGGAUUAGGGCAGAGGGGAGCUCAGUCUUUCCAGAUUCCUGCCAUGCUGUUGAAGGCAUAGAUGAGGUCUUCAGUCAGGAAGCAAAGUUACAUGCAACCCUCUGGCUGUGUGAGGCACAUUCAUGACCUGGGAGCCUUGGGAAUCAGUUCAGGGCUCAGAAGGGCUCAGAUGUGAGAAGGGUCAUUGGAGAAUUUAGGGAAACCCAUGGAUCCUAGCUGACAGGAGGGUUAGGGUCAUUGCUGCAAGCUCCAACCGCCUUGUAGUUAUGUACCUAAAAAGCUGACCUCUCCAUACCCUUAUCAGUGACUAGGCUUGAGCCCAGGUAUCUUUUAAAGAUGGUAGCAAGGAUGAAGAGCAUAGCAGUGUGAACAUGGGCUUAGAAAAUAAGCAGAUCCAGAUGUGGUCCAGUCCCAUGCUGUUGGAGUCCUUGGAAGUUACCUAAUGUUUGGUUCCUCAGUUUUAUUGUUUCCUAAUAGUGGACUGACAAGUCCACUGGCUCACUGGAGGAUGCUGGUGGAAGAGAAUGCAUCAAGUGCUUGGUGCGCAUGUGGCACAGCAAGCUGGGUCUCCAUGAACUAACUGAUGAGUGCUAAAGGUGACAGGAUGGGUGCCUGCCUGUUAGUUUGUCUAGCAUAUUCUGUGUCCAUCACUGUAGACUGUCAUGCAUUGUCUCACUGAACGGUCACAGUGACUGUCAGGCAACGGAUAACUGCCUUCAUCAUAAAGUAGUAGUGGCCUCAGAAACUCCCACCAGCAGGGGCCUCAGUGAGGGUGGUCUAGGUUGAGAUCAAGUCUGGAUAAAAGGUUUUGGCCUAAUUCCUACAGCCUGUGGCCAGUUUGCUUCAGCAGUUUGCAUCUGGACACGUUUAAGCAGUUUUUGGAUGACUGUCUUCCAGAAUCUUCCAGACUCUCAGAUUUUUUUUUUUUCAGUCGCCUUAUCCCUUGGUUGUUUCUGACCCUGCUUUUGCUGGACUAUGGAAGGAAGAAAGCCACUUCAUAUCUGCUAAAGUCUCCUACCAAGCCAGUAGUAGUGAUUAAAAGUAACUUAGUGAGUGAGGCUGAAGUGGAGAACUAGCCUCUGACUGUGGCUGUUGGUGUUAUCUGUUUUUCCUCCCUACCCUUAAUUCUUCCCCAUUCACACCCAGCGAGCAGGGCAUCCCUGUGUUGCCAACCAAUGGAAACUGUUGAGUGAUCACUGUAGAGGCAGUGUGGUCCUCAGCCAGGCUGUGUUUCCAGGUGUGAGGACAUCUGGCCUGAUGCUGCCUUCCCUGGGCUGCAGUCUGGAGUGCUUCAUUGAGAACACCACUGUGCCUUCUGGACCAGGAGUGUAGCUUCGGAUCCCCUUGGCUGGUCCAACCUCUACUCCAGGCUGACUGUUGGGAUGCUGUGGGUUGGGGACCUGCUCACUGUAUUCUGUCUCUCAAUGUUCCUUUUCACAGAUCAAGCCUAAGGCAGCUUUUGUCUCUCCUGCUCCUCUGUGUGGGGGCUGCUGCUCAGACCCCAGCUCUUAGGCAUCUUGUCUUGGGGAAGGGUGAGAUGCAUUCCCAGCUUGGCCUUUUCGGUGCUUGGGUGUCCGUUACUCUCAUGGUGACUUUGUGGAUUAUGCCUUAAUUGCCACCUCCCUUCAAUAUAGUCACCGUAGGCUGAGAGAACAAGAAAUGAAAUCAUGAAUUGCAUUCCAUAUAAGAUUACUCUUUAAUACUUUGGUUAGAAUAAAUAAUUAGCAGCGGGGCAGUAUCUGAAAUGGAUGUGAAGGGCCGGGCUGGUUUGGCUUUUGUGGUUGGGAUCCCUGUGAGUGACAGGUUUCGCCGUGCACGGGAUGAGACGUGGUGGAAUGACUUGGUCAGUCGAGGUGCACCCAUGGCUGUGGCUUUCCUUUCCUUUGUGCACCCGCUGCCUACUUUCUGACUUUACUCUUCCUCUGGUAACUUCUCAGUAGAGUCAAUUACAACCAAGCCUAAAAUUUAUUUUUAGUUAAUUAAAAAAUAUCAAAUCAAAUCAAAUCAGUGUUUAAAGCAGUAUAAAGAUGCCUGCUAGACUUUGUGGCAGUUUUGUUUUUACUGUUCAAGUAUUUUUUUUUAUAAGUUUAAUAAUGUGCUUAUAGAUAACAUCCUUUUAAAAGUGAAUGAACCUUAGCUGAAGUUCAUUGCAAAUAUACAUUUUUCCCCUAGAAAUCUAAGUUGCUUAGGAAGUUUUAUUAAAAGGAUUGCUUGUGGGUGGGGGUGAUCUUAAGGUACCUGUCAGUUCAUUUUUUCCUUUGAGAUCUUGUGUGUUUUUAGGCUAGCGAAGGGGGAACUCAGUAGAGUAUGUUUAAUCCCAGUUUGCUCGGGAUGGGGUAUUCUGCUUUGAUUAUUUCCAGCCCUGCUGUGACAUGUGGGAGACACUUGAACUUAGUUGGUGGUGGAGGCUUCAUUCAUACAAGCUGACAAUAUCAAGUCAGAUACAUUCUGUCAGGAGCUGGUAACUGACAAGGUAGACUCGGGGAUGCACAGAGUGGCUUUCUGCAAACUGGCUGAUCUGAAACCAGAGAAAAAUAGGCCCAGUAUAUAGGAAUUCUGUUGAAGCUGAGAGGUCAGCCCAUGGCAUCAGAACAAAUAAUGACACAUGCUCUGUACUCAGAACAAUGGGACUACAUGUCUAGAGUGCCUACCUAGCAUGGAGCCUGUGGUUCAAUCCCUGGAAAUGCAUACACUGGGCAUGGUGGUGCAUGCCAAUAUCCCAGCACUUGGGAGGUAGAGAGAGGCAGGAGGACCUAGAGUAUAUUGGACUCUAUCUUUAAAAUAAUAAUAAUAAUAAUCAAAGACCAAGUCUGGUGUUUGGACCCAUGCACAUGGCUCCGUCUGUUAAAUGUUCAAAAAAUGUUUUUUCUGGCUUUUUCAUUGUGUUUGCUUUACCUUGAAUAAGGCAAGGUAAACAAACAAAGCUUUCCUGAACUCCAUCCUUUGUAAUUCUGAUUGUGAAGUUGCCAGUGAGGGUGUGCAGAAGCCAGUGAUGAAGGCACUGGCUUCCUUGGGUGGGCCCUGGGCACCUGGGCACACUCCCCAGGAGUAAAACCAAAUUCAAAUGCCUGUGGUGGAUUUGUAUGCCUUUAGAAUAUUGUACCUGUUCUCAUACAGUGGGGUUUCAAAACAUUUUAUUUAAAAAAACAAACAUUUUUAUAAUUGUGUAGGUAUAGUUGAUUUUGAAUGCUACGGAUUGUAUAACUGAAUUUUUAUAUAUAAAAAUAUAUUCUUGAAUACUGCCUUUUCUGUCUUGAGGAUCUGGUUCAUACGGUUUCAUUUUCCUCACUUCAUAGAGAAAGAGUGUUGCUGGGAGAGGCUACCUCUCCCUUGCACAGCUGUUUCCUCCCCUUUCUUUUCUCCAAUAAAUGGUAGCACUAUGAUCCUUAA